GUUCUUCUUCGGUCGCCAUCGUCUCCGUAUCGGAGACAUCGUUUGCUCAGUAGUUGUUCAUCAAGACAACGACACCUUCAAUGAAUUUAAAUAAAAGAAACUGUAACUAAUUGAAAUCAAACAAAUCGAGAGCGAUCGUUGGCGGAAGUCGCCUCGUUCAGGGAGGUUUAACAGAGAGUUUCGCUGAUUGAAAUUUUGGAAGGAAAGAAAAAAUCAAUCGCUUUCCGAUCGAUCGAGAUUGAUAAAAACAGAUUCGACGCAGAUAUAUAGAUCGACUACGAUUGCGAUUAAUAAUAAUCACCGAUCGAGCUCGUCGAGCCGAUCGUUUUCGCGCACGUUGAAUAAUCGAUAAAACGAAAUCGCGAAGCAAAGUCGAUAGUGUUCGCGCGCGACUGUGCUGCACAUCAUUCUACCAUUCCCUCUAUGUUUGGGACAUAUAAAACUGGUGUAUUUUUCCCCUCGAAAAAAAAAAAUAGGAAUAUGUAUGAAGCGUGCCGAUCUCUCGCGCGGAGAGACCCUCGCUUUAAAACAAACUACUACUUGAAGAGUCGAGGGGGAGCACGGUGGUAACCUGUUGCGGAGAAUACGUUAUCGAGAUAUUGUUUAAUGCUCGUCGCAAGACGAGAGCUAUUCUUCACCUUCUCGCAAAGCUUCACCUCCGCUUUGUCCUGUCCGUUAAGAUUCGGAUCAAAACAAGCAAGGAUUUCAAGGAACACGAAAUUACAUCUAUCACUUCUCAACAAAUCAACCUAUGAAACUUUUCUCCAAGUUUCAUCCAGCGAUUCGCUGAAUGAGAACGGCGAAACUCAAGAAGUUAUUAUUCUUGCGUUUACAGAUCUUCAGAUAGAAUAAUGUCGCGCAAGUUGUCGGCGAUAUUUCUUUGAGAAAAUUAACAUUGAAUUAACAAUUACAAGCCGUUGUUUCCGAACACUUGGUUAUCAAUGAGAACGUAAUUUCACAAUGAACGCAAUUAUUGAUUACAAUCAGUGACGCAAACAAUAACUCUCGGAUUUAGAUACAUCGUGAUACUUCUCUUUGCGCUUGUGCGAUCUAGUGAUGAGACUUAUGCCCGACGCACGUGCGUACUUCUCUCCGUUUCGGACAUGUUUUUCGAACUGAGUCGUUCGAGUUGUCCCGAGUGCGUCGAGUGUGUCGGGAAAGAACGAAUAAACGACUUCUCGUGAAUCUCGUGCUUCUCUCGUGCUUUUGUUGCUUUGCUCCGCACGUAUAUUAACUAGCGCAAAGUGGAAAACCGAGCCGCGCGGCGCGAGUCGAAGCGUCUCUCUCUCUCUCUCUCUCAGCGCGCGGUAAAAACAAUCACGCGCAGACGAAUGUGAAGCCAUCGUUCGCAAUCGAAGUCAUGACUCUUUCAUAAGGAGAGUCCCAGGAGAGCGAGAACCCUCGAGCAAAAUUGUGCGGAUGUCGAUUGUAAUAAACAUGUCCGAGGACGCGAACCAGGAGCGGAAUCAGACGUUCGUCGAUUUCGAUGCGGACUGGCGCACCGAAUUGAAAAAUGUCACCGAGAUCUAUUCCUCGUUGAAUUACGUCAACUUUACGUCGUUGCCCGACGUCAACACGACGGAGGAGAUCGACUCGUUUUACUUCUACGAGACGGAACAGUUCACGGUGCUUUGGCUGCUGUUUGCAGUGAUCGUAGCCGGCAAUUCCGCGGUCCUCGCCGGACUUCUGCUGGGAAAACGCAGAAAAUCGCGAAUGGACUUUUUCAUCAAGCAGUUAGCGUUUGCGGAUCUGCUGGUCGGCCUAAUAUCCGUAUUGACAGACAUUGUUUGGAGAGCGACGGUCACGUGGUACGCGGGCAACAUAGCGUGCAAGCUGAUAAGAUUUAUGCAAGCCUUAGUUACUUACAGCUCGACCUACGUUCUCGUGGCUCUGUCAAUCGACAGAUACGACGCCAUUACCCGUCCGAUGAACUUCUCCGGCAGCUGGUGGAGAGCUCGAGCUCUGGUAAUAACGGCUUGGGCUCUGUCAGCCUUAUUCAGCGCGCCGAUUAUAUUUCUGUACGAGGAAACCCGAAUACAGGGUACAACGCAGUGCUGGAUCGAUUUGGGCUCGCCGAUCCAGUGGAAAAUCUACAUGACACUGGUGAGUAUCAGCCUCUUUAUAGCACCCACGCUGAUAAUAGGAGGCUGUUACACGGUGAUCGUGAUCACGAUUUGGUCACAAGGAUCCGCGCUACGUCAGGGACCCACGAGAGACACUCGAAGAGCGUCGUCGAGAGGACUGAUUCCCAGAGCGAAAAUCAAAACCGUCAAAAUGACUUUCGUCAUAGUGUUCGUCUUCAUUCUUUGCUGGAGUCCGUACAUAGUGUUCGAUCUUCUUCAAGUUUAUGGUCACGUGCCAAAAACUCAAACCAAUAUUGCGGUAGCCACUUUCAUACAAAGUUUAACGCCGCUCAACUCGGCUGCCAAUCCGAUCAUUUAUUGUCUAUUCAGUACGUCGUUUUGCAAGACAAUACGAAACAUGCAGGCAACCUCGUGGAUUUCGGGAUGGUGUCCGUCCUGCUUCGGUGGCGGACCGACGAACAGCAGCAGAAGAGCGACCGUAACGACAUCGCUGACGGCGCAAUCUUCUCGCAGAAACGGACACUUCACUAUGCUGCACUCCACGUCGCGAAAACGCGUUAUGGUCUCCUUGGUCUAAAGAGAGGUCGCGAGAAUGAACAAUUUCCAUGCGGAUUGAUGCUCUAGCUAAGUAUCUUGGUACAAGAAAUGCAUUUACUUAAGGCACACACGUCUGUGCUCAACGACAGACUCAAUCGUUGCGCGGAGAACGUAAGUUGAUUUUCUUUCGUCUCGAACGAAUAAUUUUGGGUGAACAUUUAUUUAUUUAUUUUUUUUUUGUGAAAUAAUCUCAUAUUCAGUUCGAAAAUAUAUACCGGCCGGCAAAUGUAUCCGAACUAUAUUCUCUUUCUAAUGUAAUUGCCAGAAGAAAGAAAGUAGUUCUCGAAAUAAAAUUUUACUUUUUUGAUUUAACAACAUAUGUUUGUGACUGUUUUGCUUUGAUUUUUUUUCUGCUGUAAGAUUCAGUGACUAGAGAGAUCGACGUACUUUUUAGUGAUCGCGUGUAUUUUAAAUUAUGAUGUAAUACAUAAUAUUAAAACUGGCGAUCUACCCGAUAGUUUUUGGUGUUUCGUCGCUAAUUUUCUAAGUUUCUAUCUCUAUAUGUACGUAAAAUACCGAUGCUCGUCUUGUAGACGAUCUCAACGAUCUCAUAUUGCGCUUCAUGCAUCACGUAAUCUUGUUUAGUAGUUUCUUAAUGAAAAUACAGAAAAUAUAUUGAGGAAACUCUGUACAUAUUAUAUAAGUUAUGUUACACGAUCCUCUUUUAAACUUUUAGAGACUGUAAGUGGCUAUAAAUAACAAAAGAUAAAUAAAGCACACGACUAAAAGCCGUUGUAAUUAAUUUUAAUUAUAUUAACUAUAAAAAAAAGUGUAUGCCUCACACUCGAAAACAUUACAGAACCAUUGUUAUUAAAGACAAAUAAUUAA